AUGCAUCACACUUGUCACACUCAGUUGUUGUUCUCUUUGCACAACACUGAGCUAACAUGCUAUUUCAUUAGUACAAGUGCCCACAAGAGGUCUUAUCAGUGCCCCCCCUAUUCCUGCAGGAAUCCAGUCAUUCCAGUGUUUUCUCAUUCCAGUGGAAUCUGA